GUUGUUUCGCAGUUUGAUAGACAGUCAAGACCGUAAGGUGUUAUGAAUGAAAUGAAAUAUAUUAUCAUAAAAAAAAUAAGUUUAGCACUUUUUAAACAUGUUGCUCAAUGAAUGCAGUUUGUGAAAACUGUGAAUAAAUUGGAUUGGGUACACUAUAUGCUGCUUGAUAGUCAGUGUUUGAUCUAAAGUCUUUACUUCCUUUGACCGGUCUGAAUUUUGCUGCCAGCAUGAGUCGUCAGUGUAAGAGCUGUGGUGGAGCAGACAUCGACACAGACCCGGCCCGGGGGAGUGCGGUCUGCACAGCCUGUGGCUCGGUUCUGGAGGAUAAUAUCAUCGUAUCUGAGGUUCAGUUUGUGGAAAACAGUGGAGGGGUGUCUUCAGCCGUCGGCCAGUUCGUGUCCGCUGAUGGUACUUCCAAAGCUCCAGUUUUGGGCAGUGGGUUCCACACAAGUCUGGGAAAAGAAUCGCGAGCUCAGACACUCCAGAACGGGAAACGACAGAUACACAACCUCGGCAGCCAGCUGCAGCUGAACCAGCACUGUCUGGACACCGCCUUUAAUUUCUUCAAGAUGGUGGUGAGCAAGCACUUGACAAGAGGGCGAAAGAUGACACAUGUCAUAGCCGCCUGCCUCUACCUGGUCUGCAGGACAGAAGGAACGCCACACAUGCUCCUGGACCUCAGCGAUCUUUUACAGGUUAAUGUUUACAUUCUGGGAAAGACCUUCCUGCUGUUGGCUAGAGAGCUCUGUAUCAAUGCUCCAGCUGUCGAUCCAUGUCUGUACAUUCCACGAUUUGCCCACAUGUUGGAGUUCGGUGAAAAGACUCAUGAGGUUUCGAUGACUGCUCUCAGACUGCUGCAGAGGAUGAAAAGAGACUGGAUGCACACAGGACGGCGACCAUCAGGCUUGUGUGGUGCAGCUCUGCUCGUAGCUGCUCGUAUGCAUGAAUUCCGUCGUACGGUGAAGGAGGUGAUAUCUGUCGUCAAGGUGUGCGAGGCCACGCUGAGAAAAAGGCUGACAGAGUUUGAGGAGACCCCCACCAGUGCUCUGACCAUCGAUGAGUUCAUGCGAGUGGACCUUGAGAAAGAAUGUGAUCCUCCGUCUUUUGUUGCAGGAAAGAAAAAACUCAAGAUGCAGCAGCUGGAGCAGGAGCUGACCAAGAAACUUGAGGAAUACCAAGGUGAGAUCAACUCAUACCGCGAUGAGAUUGAGACACAGCUGGCAGCGAGCAGCAGAACCAAACUGAGAGGGAUUUAUGCUUCCUACGCAAGAGAAGAUGAUGACAGUGUGUCUUUGGACUCUGGGAUGACUGGAGACGAAGACAUAGAGGAUGAGGAAAUGGAGGCAGCAGCUCAACAUCUCAGCCACGAGUUCUUCAGUCAGGUGCUUGAGCAGGGGGACCAGGGAGGAACGGAGGAUCAAGAGGAGAGCAGGAAUACAGUACCACUCUCCAGUCAAGCCACACACGUGCCAAUGACAGCCCUCCUCGGCCCUCUGCCCAGUGCAGCCAGCCUUGGUCUAACAGACUCCAUUCGGGAAUGCAUCACAGAAGAAGACACAACAAACAUGGAAGAUAAAUCAAAAAAUGGGGAACUAGAUCUGGAUGGGAUUGAUGAAGAAGAGAUUGAAAAGUACAUUUUGAACGAGAUAGAGGUGAAGGCCAAGACAGAGCUGUGGAUGAAACAGAAUGAAGAGUAUUUGAGGGAACAGAAAGAAAAAGAGGAGAGAAUAGCUAAAGAGAAGGAGGAAGGGACCUAUAAGGAGAAGCCAAAGAAGUCAUCCAAGAAGCGAGAACCAAUCCUGGCCAGCACUGCGGGAGAGGCCAUUGAGAAGAUGCUGGAGCAGAAAAAGAUCUCCAGUAAGAUCAAUUAUGAUGUUUUGCGGGACCUCAACAGCAAAGGCAGUGGGAGCAGCACCACCCAGCAAGCUGAGGAUGUGCCUGCCAGUGGCUCUGGCCGCAAGAAGUUGACCCGCCGCAAGAAGCAGCCAAACAAGAGCAAUCUUGGCCUCGCUAAACCUGCAAGCCUCAUGGGCAAGAGACUCCGCCCCUUAAUAUCAUCCAUUCCCAAGAAGAAGAGGACAGCCGCCAAACCGGUCACUCCCAGCAUCACCCUGAUGUUGCCCCCUGCAGCCCCAGAGCCCCCUCCAGCCCCCACCCCUCCCCCCGUGUUGGAAAGUGGGCCUGUGGCAUAUGAUGAACCCGCUGAGGAGGAAGAGGAGAAUGAGGAAGAGGCAGAGGUGUCUUGCAUUAGCGCCAUGGAGCUGAUUGGUGGAAAUGACUACGGAUGUGAGGCUGAAGAAGAGGAGGUAUUUUAGACUGCCGUCUGUUCCCGAACUUCUUCUCAUCCUCCUAUCCGCUAUCCACCACUCUGUAUAGUGAGGAGAGGAGAAAUUGAGGCACAUUUGAGACACCUAUAAUAUGAAAGGUCAUUCUCCCUGACAGUGCUUUAUAUGACUGGUUAAACUGCAGCAUCUGUGUGAUGAAUGAGCUACAAUGGAAGAAGGUGGCUGGCAGCUUUAGACUGAAGAACAUAAAACCAGUUUAGCACUUUGUUAGUGUUCCACUAAAAGUUCAAGAGACUGGAAACUUUAUAGGAGUUUCCCAAAUGUCUCAGAGAAUUUGUUUUAUGGGUGCAGGAUUUGAACCUGUUGGUAAUUCCUCAAAGGUGAGCAUAUUGAUGUCUGCUUAGCUUGCUAAUAAUAUUGAAUGCAUUUUGGGAAAAUGUAAUAGCGAUCUGUUGUAAAUUUACACUUGUUGUACAGGAUUGUACAUAAACAGUAGGAAGCUGUGAAAUUGUCACUUUUAGUGUUUUAACUUUUUAUUUUUUGCGAUUUUAUGUCUGUAUAUAUGUACAUGUAAUAGUAUUUUGUUAGAUGAACUGUUAUAUUUCCUAAUUCCAUGAAAAAGUAAUGUUCAUCUGUAUUGGAUUAUGAUAAAUAUUCAUGUAUUUUACAGCAAUGUUAUGACCCUCAUUUUAACUGUUUUCAUCAGAUGUGGAUUCCAUAGUACACAACUAAGAACUAAUUUUAAUGUGUAUGUAAAUAAAUUAAUGUAUGUUUAGGAUGUUUUAAUGAUGUUUUCUGGUGCCUUUGCUUUCAUUUUGAAGUUUAAAAUUCAUUGUAGUUCAAUGGACAAGAAUGACAGCAGUGUCUUCAAAAAAUUCGAAGAAAGUCAUACAGAUUUUGAACGACAUGACUAUAAAUUAGUAAAUGACAACAGAAUUGUACAUUUGUGGUAGCACUAAUCAUUUAAAUUGUGAAUUCAGUUCAUUUAUUCAGAUGUUUUUCCUACGGAAUAUUUCCUUUCUCGUUUGUUCUUAUAUUUUUCAUGUCAAGCAAGUACUGUACAGUAGUUCCUUACAGCUGAAAUUCUUAAAUGUUCUUUGCCAGCCAAACACCUUUGACCUGAAAUAUUUACUUGAAGCUUGUACCCCAAGAUUUUAUAUUAAUAUUUAAAUAAUUAAACAACACUUUCUCAUGUUUACAGUU